GAGGCGAUUGAGAAGAAGGAGAAGCGAGCGAGGCGUUUUCAUUUCCGCUGUGAGGAGACGGUGGCUCAGAGGAACGUGUGCCUGGACAAAGAGGCCUUGAGGAAAGCCAUCCCCAGGCUGCGUCUGGAGGCCAUCCAUGUGAGCGGCGUGGACGACAUGAGCACUCAGGACGUCUUCGGGUACUUCAAAGAGUACCCUCCGGCCCACAUCGAGUGGAUCAACGACACUUCCUAUGCAGGACUUGUCUGAAGCUGAAUUGGAGUCUCUGCUGAGGAACGACCUGCGACCUGUCAUCAGACCCUUCAAAGGGAACAAGCUGAUGCUGCGCUUCGCCACACAAGAAGAUAAGAAGGAGCUGGGAGCGGCUCGGCGCAGCAGGUACUACAUGAAGUAUGGAAACCCAAACUACGGAGGCAUGAAGGGAAUCCUCAGUAACUCCUGGAAGAGGAGGUAUCACAACCGGCGCAUCCAGAGAGACGUCAUCAAGAGCAAGAAGCCUCUGAUCGGAGACAGCAUGGGACACACACCACCGUACACACACCGACACUCAGCUGACCUGGUCAACCUGCCCGAGGAGCCCAUCAAGGAGGAAGAGGAGGAGGAAGAWGAUGACGACGACAGAUACGAGGACAUGGACUCGGACGACAGGGUUGUGGAGUACAAAGAGAGGGGCGGCGGCCCGCGGACUGUGGGGGCGGGGCUUCGCAGCAGAGCGGAGCGCUCUCCAUCUCCAUGGUCAGAGUCUGAUGAGAUGGACUAUGACCUGGAACUGAAGAUGAUCUCCACGCCUUCACCCAAGAAGAGCAAGAAGAUGACAAUGUAUGCUGACGAGGUGGAGACUCACCUGAAGAGCAUCCGAAACAGGAUCGGUGUGUCGGGAUCACAGACCAGGACCAAGUCUUUGUCGCCCCCUAAGGUGACAGACGUCCGUCAGCUGCUGGAGGAGAAGCGACAGGGUCAUUCUCAGCAGAGACAGCGCUCACCUGUGACCAGCAGCCGGACCACAGAUGUCCGGCAGCGGCUCGGGAAGAGAAGGCGCUCCCCAUCCCCGGUCUCCUCCCAGGACACGCCUCCAACCAGAGAGCCAAUCAGCAGCGUGCAUCGUAGACUGGGCGUGGCCAGCCAGGACAACAGGGUGGUCUACUCGAAGUCGUCCAAAGACAGGAAGACAACUGCAGGCAGUCUGUGGAGCCGGCUCGGCUCAGGGAGCGGCGCCGAGGACGGCGGUGCCAAACGUCACGACCGCAGGGCAGGGGGCCGCUCCGAGGGGCUGUUCUCCUCAAAGAGCAGGAGUAAACGAGGUGACGAGGAGGAGGAAGAGGAGGACGAGGAGGACGACUCCACGCUGCAGAAGGUGUGGGGCGCCAUGAUCAAAAAGAAACAGGAGCGUCUGAGCCACAAGCUGAAGAAGAGCCGACUGGACAACCUGCCCUCGCUUCAGAUCGAGAUCAGCCGCGACAGCAGCGAGGACUCAGACGCCUGAGCGCCCACCCUCUCCUGCAGCUUCCCUCCAGGUGCAGCAAAGCAUCAUGGGAAACUGCUGCUCUGCUUCAACAUUAAUCAUUCCCCAGUGGAGGAGAGGAGCCUCUUCUGCACCGUAAACACAAGAUCUGCCAACAUGAAGCUCCUACAGUCAGCUGCUGCUGAGAGAGGAGGAACAUGGACCGACAAACUCUGGAGAAACACCGGAGAAACUCUGGAGAAACUCCAGACAAACUCUGGAUAAAUGUGUUGUGUUGAGCUGACUGUGGUCCUCUCAGAAAUAUAAAAACUGGAACAGACUCAUGAGACACUGGAGGACUUCCUGUCUGAGAGGAUUGCUCUGAUGUUUUUCUUACAUGGUUUAUUUUUUUAUUUUUUAUCACUUCCUGUGUGUGAACGGUCUGCUCCUCUGUGRGACAUGGACUUGGUUCUGAUUCUGGACGUUAGUGUCAGGUCCACAGUGGCUGUAAUCACACAGGUCAAAAUAAAGAGCUUGUUGAAGUUUAA